AUGGCUCGGCUCUCCGGUCUCCAGAGGGACGUCCUGUCUCUAUACCGAAAGUGUCUACGGGAGAUCCGAAACAAGCCUGAGGACUCCAGGAUCAAUUUCAAGAACUAUGCCCGGGCAGAGUUCCAAAAACAUCUCUCAGUGAAUAAGAAGGACUUUACUACUGUUGAAUAUCUCCUGCGCAAAGGUCAUCGACAGCUCGAGUUGUAUGCUACCCCGGGAAUCCGCAAUAUCCGAUGA